AUCCUCCCACAUCGUCGCCCUCACCACAUCCAGCACCACCAUCGGCCCCCCCUCUCGUCCGUCUGUUGCUUCCGCAGAACUUGGCGAACGUGUACACAUUCUAGCUCCGGACAAGACACUGCUCUCUCUCUUUCCUUUGACUCGUCUCGACACUCGUUUCCCGUGAUCCAAGUCCUCGAACAGGGGCACGCCCGAGGAGCGCCAUAGACAUCCCACCUUGCGCCCCUCCCACGACACCAACGACGACAACGGCCACGCCAUCGGCGUCCACAUUUGAAGCAGUCGUCCACCAGUGUUCUUUGCUUCUUUCUUUCCGGUAAAGGGGAGGCUCGCCGUUUCUUAAUCUAUUACACCGAACAUAUAAUCAAAAGAGGAAACACAAGGGACAAGACAGAGAUAGAGAGACACUCACAAUGUCGGCCGUCUACUCGAUCUACACGUCGCCGAACCAUGCGCCGAUACCCAACCACCUGCCUACGCUCAUCGUGACGCCGCAUGGCCAGCCGCAUCACACCCUCUAUUCCUACAUCCACACGUCUUUCAACCGGGAGACGUACCUUCUGACUCCCUCGCCCCAAGGCGACCUCUGCGUCGCCAAGAUGGUCCCGCCGCCCGGCUCGCGAGGUCCAGGCGGGCCAGGUCAGUCGGACCCAGGACACGCAUCGGACCCCAAUCGGGAUCGAUCGGUGCGGUGCGAGGCGUCGAGAAAUCUCAAGUGGUCCAUCACCAACACGGGCAUCCACGCUCCCGUGUACAAGCUCACACUCCCGAAUCCAGAUGCGCCAGGGCACGAGCAGCCGCUGUUCCAGAUCUCCAAGCCCAACCCAAACGCGACGUUCUGGACCAUGUUCUACUUUACAUAUGCCGGCCACCUGAUCCCACCGAAGCGAAUUGAGUUUGGCAAGAUCCAAAAGAAUGCCAGCGUGGGCAGCGGCGGCGGCGGAGGAACGAGGGUUAGCAUCACUGGCAAGUCACCAGAGGAGAAGGCGGUGUGGCAGACGCUGGGCGAAGGCAACGAGGACAUGGUCGAGUGGAUCGUCCUCUGCGCAGCACUCAAUCUUCUCGAUGAGGAGAUCAUCAAGGCGGCUGAAAAAGGAGGGUCAGCCGUGGCGGGGGCGCGGAAUCCAAACGCCCAAGCUGUGCCGUCAAGCCGACCUGGCGGUAUCGCAGGGGCAGCUCCGCCCGGGAGGGGACAGCAACCCCCAAUGCAGAUCCGGCAGAUGCCCGGCCCUCAGCCACAACCGUUCCAGCGUCCACCUCCCCCUGCAGGCUACAUGAAUGGCGGCGGCGGCGGCGGCGGCGGUGGAGGGACGCCGCCCGCGGGCUAUGGUCCCCCACCUGCGGGUUAUGCGCCCCAAGGAGGACGCUAUCCGCCAGGUAUGCCACCCCAGGGACAAAUGCCCAUGCAGCGACCGCCGCCGGGUGCCUACGGUCCGCCACCAGGACAAAUGCGAAUGCCACCGCCGCACCACCAGCAGCAACAGCAGAUGAAUUCUCGGAGGAUCUAAUCGGACCUUUCCUUUAUCCCUCUCCUUCUCUCUCCUCUCUCCUCUCUCCCUGUCAUCGCUCCUUUUCCCCUCUCCUCUCCUCUCUUCCGGUCUUUUCUCGUUCCAACUCUCUCUCUCUCUCACUCCCCUAUCGCCUGCCUUUGUCCCAGCCUCUUCAUGGCGGGAUCCCUUGUCACUUACUCUUCGCUUUUCCUUGUAUAGCUUCUUACAGCAGAGAAUGGCACGCUUUGACCAUCUUU